UGCUAUACGCGCCGGGUGGGUAGUUUCCGCCAUCUUUGGUUCACGAGUUGCUUCCGCAAGUUCCCUGGAGUUUUGAUUUGGGAAUUGGCCCAGAUUUCUGCGUCUUUCCUUCUAAUUAACACCGAAUUGCAACUCCUCAGAAUGACUGGAAGGCAGCCGGCUUGUGUUAUUGACAAUGGAACGGGCUACACAAAAAUGGGAUUCGCUGGUAACACAGAGCCACAAUACAUCUUGCCUACAGCUAUUGCAAUAAAGGAGUCAGCCAAAGUUGGGAAUAAAAGUCUUGGUAGAUCCGCUAAAGGUGUUGAAGAUCUUGAUUUUUUCAUUGGGGAUGAAGCUAUUGAUAAACCAAGCUAUGCUACCAAGUGGCCAAUCAGACAUGCUAUAGUUGAAGACUGGGAUCUUAUGGAACGUUUCUGGGAACAGUGCAUCUUUAAAUACUUGAGAGCAGAACCGGAAGAUCACUAUUUCUUGUUGACAGAACCUCCGCUGAACACACCUGAGAACAGGGAAUACACCGCAGAAAUCAUGUUUGAAUCGUUCAAUAUUCCUGGUCUAUAUAUAGCUGUACAGGCUGUAUUAGCCUUAGCAGCUUCCUGGACGUCUCGACAAGUUGGUGAGAGGACCUUGACUGGCUGUGUUAUAGAUUCUGGUGAUGGUGUCACCCAUGUCAUCCCUGUGGCCGAAGGCUAUGUUAUUGGCAGCUGCAUUAAGCAUAUUCCCAUUGCUGGCCGAGAUAUCACUUUCUUCGUCCAGCAAUUGCUGAGGGAGAGGGAAAUGGGGAUCCCUCCAGAGCAGUCCAUGGAAACCGCUAAGACAAUUAAAGAGCGAUGGGGAUAUAUCUGCCCAGAUAUUGCUAAGGAGUUUGCAAAGUAUGAGCAAGAGCCAGCCAAGUGGAUCAAAAAGUAUGAAUCCAUCAACGCUGUCACUAAAAAGCCAUUCAGUGUUGAUGUUGCCUAUGAGCGGUUCCUUGGUCCUGAAAUCUUCUUCCAUCCAGAGUUUUCCAACCCUGAUUUCACCACACCAUUGUCUGAGGUUGUUGAUAACGUCAUCCAGAACUGCCCCAUUGAUGUUCGCCGACCACUCUACAAGAAUAUCGUGUUAUCUGGUGGUUCCACCAUGUUCCGAGACUUUGGGCGGCGACUGCAGAGGGACAUCAAGCGAACAGUGGAUGCUCGCUUGAAAAUGAGUGAGACGCUAAGUGGUGGUAGAAUUAAGCCCAAGCCCAUUGAGACGCAGGUCAUCUCCCAUCACAUGCAGCGCUAUGCUGUUUGGUUUGGAGGCAGCAUGCUCGCUUCCACGCCUGAGUUCUACUCCGUGUGCCACACCAAGGCUGACUAUGACGAGCAUGGCCCAAGCAUCUGCCGACACAACCCCGUAUUUGGAGUCAUGUCCUAGUCACCAUGACUUUGUCAUUCAAUCAGGCUAAGUUCAAACGUCGUAUUAUCCAUGAGCAAUCGAGUCGAUUGUUUUAUCUUCAUUUGCAUGCAUUUGCAUUGAUGGAUAAUACGACGUUAGAACUUUGCCACAGUCCUUUCAGCUUUUUUUCAAUUUGCAUGACAUUGCGACCAUUCGACCAAUUACAAGCUGGAACAUCCUCGGGGACCCAGGGCGUACUGAGCGGAAACGAGCGCUGAGUGUAACGAGUGCGAGCCGGAAGCGGACAAGCGCGCCGCGGGGGAGAAAGGCGCUCGUCUGGCGUUACGCUUGUUUACUCUCAGUACGCCCUGGCUCCCCGAGGAUGAAGCUGGAAGACAAAAUUGCACUUAACAGUGUUUCAAAUUGUUAACAAAUCUUUGUAUGUGAAGGUAUUUCACGUCUUCUGACUUAACGCCCUAGACUUUUUUUGCAAUGUUGGUGGUAUGUAUGUAAAGUAUGCGUCCUACUCAGACAUAUCAAUUUCAGCACCUUAGAAGAGAUUGGAUUGGGAUUUGUUAAACUUCCAUUCUUGAAGUGACGAUUUCAUUUCCCUCUCAUAAUCAGUUACUUUACUGGGAUGGCACCAUCUGCAAGGUCCAGUUUCUCAUAGAUAACGUAGAAGUUGGCUUUUAGAUAUUCAAAAUUAUAUUUUGUCAUAUAAAUUUAAAUAAAUGAUUGUGUAUAAACUGUA